AUGGGGCGCAAGAAGCUCGGCGUCGUGAGUCUCGCACUCAUCACGUACUUUAACGUAAGUGGUGGGCCAUGGGGGUCGGAGCCCAUAGUGGCCGCGUGCGGGCCGUUUGUCGGCAUCAUGGCGACACUCGUGUUCCCGUUUAUCUGGUGUCUGCCAUUGGCCUUGUCAUUCGCCGAGUUGUUCUCUGCGUUCCCGACUGAUUCGAGCUUCUGCACUUGGGUGGGCAAGGCUUUCGGUCGUCGCAUGGGGUUCCACGUAGGGUAUUGGAGCUGGGUUUCAGGCGUGAUCGACAACGCCAUCUACCCGUGUCUAAUGGUAGAUUCCGUCUACGCAGUGCUAAUGGGACCUCACGAGCUGCAUUCCUUCAUGGUUCCUACCUGGAUGUACCUCUCGGCCGCUUCCUCUUAG